UAGAUGAAAAUAAUUAUUACUACAAUCAUUUAAUAGAAUGGACAAAAGAAAGAGAUAAUGCUAUUAAUUUUUUUGAGGCUUUAUUUGAAGAACUUCAAGGAAUAUACGGUAAUGAAUCAGAAGAAACAGCACCUCCUCUGCCCCACCCAAAGCAAAAAAAGACAACAUCCCAACAUCCACUCUGUUGUCACACUCCUUGAUAUUCGUGCCAAAAUCAAAGUGGACAAAGAGGGGGAAGCAGAUCCGUUAAUCCCUGCCGUUGUCACUGUUCCGGCGGCCACCACCACCACACCGUUUCCGUUUCAGAACCCUAACAAUGCAGGUCCGAUCACAAAUCCGGUCACAACGCCGCCUGCCAGUACUAAUCCUCCUCUGUCACCCGCCGUCUUCGCUCCGCCGGCGGCAACCAAUCCGCCGGGCGGCCAGACCUGGUGCGUGGCUAAACCCGGAUUAUCCGAUUCUAGUCUGCAGCCGGCGCUGGAUUACGCUUGCGGACAAGUGGAUUGCAAAGAGAUUCAGCAGAACGGGAGGUGUUUCAACCCGAGCACUGUGCAGAGCCACGCCUCGUUCGCCUUUAACGCCUAUUAUCAUAAGAACCCGUCGCCUGCUAGCUGCGAUUUCGGGGGGACUGCCGUGAUCACCUACGUAAAUCCGAGCUCUGACAGUUGUGUGUACCCAACAACAUCAGGAUCAACUUCAUCUCCAUCACCAGUCCCUCAAAUGCCACCACCACCUACAACUUCAUCAGUUCCAGUUCCAGUUCCAACACCAACAACAGCAGUUCCAACUCCUAUUAUGUCUCCAACUACCACAACAUCUUCACCUCUUCCAGGAGGAGUGCCCAGCACGGGGACGUUCCCGCCCGUGUUUCCAAACAUGACCAAUCCUACUAUUCCCAUCAUCACUCCUACCGGGCAAAUUCCUGGCAUUUCUCCAGCCAGUACUUCCACAUCUACCCUUCUGCAACCCGUCCUUGGUCCCGUCUUUCUGAUGGUCUCAUCCAUCUGUUUUGGGACACUUGUUUUGAAAAUCUGAGAGUGGGAAAUCCUGUCUGACCCAAUGUUACAAAAUUGGGUUUUGGCUCUCUUGUCCUAUGUACAGUACCUUUGGAGGAGAAAUACAACCUUAGAUUGAGGUUUCCAGCACUCUUUGAUCUUUCACAUUGUUUGUAGGGAUUAUGUUAUGACUUGUGACUGUUGCAGAUUGGAGACUUUAGUUUAUCAGUGGAUUUAUUAUGUCUUAAAAGUUGUGAGUUAUGUAAAUCAAAUUCUUAUUACACUUCUCUUAUCUCUUUUCUUGAUUUGGAAACAUAUAGUAGUAGUAAACCUUUAGAAAUGAU